AUGUCAAUUAUGAAUAAUAUUAAUGUAAUAACAAAUUAUUCAGCUGAAGAUAUAGAACGAAUAAUUGAUAAUUUUUAUUCUCCAACAUGUCAAUUAUCUAUUGAACAACGUCAACAAUUGAAUACUAUUCUUGAAAAUUUACAAUAUUCAACAUUAGCAUGGAAUUUUUCAUGGAAAUUAUUAGAUAUAAAUAAAUCUGCAAGUGUACAAUUCUUCGGUGCUGUUGCUAUUUGUAAUAAAAUUUCAAAAAAUUUAUCAGAAUUAGAUGAUAAUCAAAUUCAACACUUAUUUCAACAACUUAUUCAACGAUUAAUUUUCUAUAUGUCAAUUCAUUCAAAACAGAUUAUAAUAAAAUUAACUGUUGCUUUAGAUCACUUAAUUUUACAUAUGAUACCAGAUAAAUGGAAUAAUGGUAUAACAGCAAUUAUUAAUCUAUUUACACAAUCACAAAAUGAAUUUUUAAUUCAACAUCCAGAAAAAGCACAUUUAAUUGUAUUAAAUAUCUUAACUAUACUUCCAGAAGAAUUUUCACGUAUUAAUGUAUCUAAAUCUCAGCGUUCUUCUAUUCGACUUGAACUUGAAAAAGAAUUUCCAAAUGUUCUUAAUUAUUUACAAUUUAUUAUUUCUACUUAUAAUCAAAUAGAUAUUCUUAAUAAAAUAUUUUCUUGUUUAUCAAAAUGGCUUGAAUUUGGUAUAUCAAUACUUAAAAUUGAAAUAUUUUUUGAAUAUUUAUUUAAUUCAUUAAAUAAUGAAAACCUAUUUGAUGAUGUUUGUGAUUGUCUUAGUGUUCUAUUUAUUUCACCUGAUGCAUUAAAAUAUCCAUCGACAUUUUCUCGUCUUUUACCAUAUGUUAUACAAUUUGAAACAAUAAUUGAUCAAUGUUUAACAACAGGAAAUAAAGAAAAAGCAGAAUGUAUUACAAAAUUAAUAAUACAAUUUGGUGAAAAUCUUAUACAAUUGAUUGUUCAAAUGUCUAUGACAACAGAUUCACAAUCACAAAUACUUUCACAUAAUUUUUGUCGUCUUGUUAUGAAAUGUACUGAAAUGAAAGGACAAUAUCCUAUUGAAGAAACAUGUUCAGCAUUAACAUUUAGUUUUUGGAAUGCAUUAGAAGAAGAAGUUAAUUCAAUUAAUGAAAAACCAAAUCAAGAGAUUUUAUUAGAACUUUUUCGUCCUUAUUUUGAACAUUUAAUUGAAGUAUUAAUAUCUAAAGGAAAAUUACCAGAUAAUGAGAAUAUAUUUACUUAUGAAGAUAAAGAAUUAUUUCGAUGUUAUCGUUCGGAUAUAAUUGAUACAAUGAUAUGUAUGUAUAAUAUUUUGGGUAAUCGAGCUUUGGAAGUAUUAGUCAAUUAUUUAUCAAUAUCUAUUGAACAAAAUCAAUCAUGGCAAAUUCAAGAAUCAAUAAUUCAAUUAAUUGGUGCUAUAUAUGAAUAUAUUCCAUCUGAUGAAGAUCAAGUUUUACCUCGUAUUUUUUUACUUUUACCAAAAUUAAAUUUUUCAAAUAGUAUAAUUAUUAAUACUACACUUAUAGUAUUAGGACGAUAUAGUAGUUGGUUAGGUAAUCAUCAAGAUAUAUUACAAAAUUGUGUACAUUUAUGUAUAAAUGCAUUAUCAAAUUCUGAAUUAAUUCAAUCAGCUUCAAUUGCUUUAAAAGAAUUAAUCAAAGAAAAUCGAAUAUAUAUGUCGAAAUAUCUUAAUGAGAUUUUUCCAAUAAUGAAAAGUGUUCUUGACAAUAUUCAUGUUCAAUCAAAUGAUCGUAUUCGUUGUUUAUCAAUUAUUGGUUAUAUUCUAUCAGUACAUCCAUCAAAAAUUGUUAUUGAUCAUUUAAAUAUUAUACUUGUACCUGAAGUAAAUAAAUUACUUGAUUAUUUAUCUCGAAUAGAUAACAAUCAGGAAAAUAUUUGUACAACACUUAAUUUUAUUUGUGUACUUAUUACUGCUAUUGGUUAUUAUGGUAAUCAAAAUGAUGGAGAAGAAAAUGAACAACAAUUGAAAACAACAGAAAAUUCUAGUAAUACAUCUGAAGUGUUAUGUUGUAUUCUUCGUGAUCUUGAUCCUAUACUUCAAAUGAUUCUUAAAAAAUAUUCUGAUAAUAUUCAAGUAACAGAAAAAAUUUGUGAAAUUCUUUCACAAAUAGUAAUAAUAUUAAGAGAAUCAAGUAGUUUAGUAUUAAAUAUAUUUAUUCAACUUUUAUUAAAUAUGGGACCAAAUAUAUUACAUGUAGAAUUUUUAAAUUUUGUUCGAAAUAUACUUCUACUCUUUUCAAAAGAUAUAGAUAAACCAAUUUUAAAUCUUUUUCUUAAUGUUCUUCAAAAAUUUCGAUGUCUAUUUAAUGAAGUAAAAUAUGGUAUUCAAUUACAUGAACCAGGAACAUUAAAAAGUAUAUCAACAUUUACUUCAAAUUUUAUUGAAUAUACAAAAUCAAAUCAACGAAUAGCAAAUCUUUUACAACAAAAUGGUCUUGAAAUAGUUCAAAUUCUUUUAAAAUGUAUUGGUGGAGCAAGUCCUCAUCAUCUUAUUGAAAGUUUAUCAUUACCUCUUUUUACUCUUUCAAAAUCUUAUAUCGAUUGGACAACAUGUUGGAUUCAACAAUGUUUAAAUGAUCCAAAUUUUCCAACAUCAUCUGCUAAACGUCAUCAUCGUGAAACUCUAUUGAAAGUAGUAACAUCUAAACAAACAAGUCGCUCAAAUUUUAAAGAUCAUAUUAAUACAUUUUCAUUGGCAUGUCGUGAAACAAUAUCUCAAGAAAAUUAA